AAAGAGAGAGAGAGAGAGAGAGGGAGAGGGAGAAAGCGCGCAUUAGUGAACCGCUACUGUGGCAUUGAUGUUUGAGCGUACUUCUGAACCAGCUUUUGUUGAGACUAUCAGUGUAUCAGUGUAGAAAGCAUGCGCUGUCCCAAAUCCGCUGUUACUAUGAGAAAUGAGGAGCUGCUUUUAAGUAACGGCACAGCCAACAAGAUGAACGGCGCUUUGGAUCACUCAGACCAACCAGACCCAGAUGCCAUUAAGAUGUUUGUCGGACAGAUCCCCCGGUCCUGGUCGGAAAAGGAGCUGAAAGAACUUUUUGAGCCUUACGGAGCCGUCUACCAGAUCAACGUCCUCCGGGACCGGAGUCAGAACCCUCCCCAGAGUAAAGGUUGUUGUUUCGUAACAUUUUAUACAAGAAAAGCUGCACUUGAGGCCCAGAAUGCACUGCACAAUAUUAAAACUUUACCUGGGAUGCAUCAUCCCAUCCAGAUGAAACCUGCAGAUAGUGAAAAGUCAAACGCCGUGGAAGACCGAAAAUUGUUCAUAGGAAUGGUUUCGAAGAAAUGUAACGAGAACGAUAUCAGGGUGAUGUUCUCUCCGUUCGGCCAGAUAGAAGAAUGCCGGAUUCUCCGGGGACCCGACGGGCUGAGUCGAGGCUGUGCGUUUGUCACAUUUUCUACAAGGGCAAUGGCACAGAAUGCAAUCAAAGCCAUGCAUCAGUCUCAGACCAUGGAGGGCUGCUCCUCGCCCAUCGUAGUGAAGUUCGCGGACACUCAGAAGGACAAGGAGCAAAGGCGCCUCCAGCAGCAGCUGGCCCAGCAGAUGCAGCAGCUCAACACUGCCACCUGGGGGAACCUGACCGGGCUGGGCGGUCUCACCCCGCAGUACCUGGCGCUUCUACAGCAAGCCACCUCCUCCAGCAACCUGGGUGCGUUCAGUGGCAUUCAGCAGAUGGCUGGCAUGAAUGCUCUGCAGUUACAGAACCUGGCAACGCUGGCGGCGGCCGCGGCCGCGGCCCAGACCUCAGCCACCACCACCAAUGCAAACCCUCUGUCCACCACGAGCAGCGCCCUGGGAGCCCUCACCAGUCCCGUGGCGGCUUCAACCCCCAACUCCACUGCUGGUGCAGCCAUGAAUUCUCUGACCUCUCUCGGGACUCUGCAAGGACUGGCGGGAGCCACUGUCGGACUGAAUAAUAUUAAUGCACUAGCAGUUGCUCAAAUGCUCUCAGGUAUGGCGGCUCUGAAUGGAGGACUUGGCGCCACGGGCUUGACGAAUGGCACGGCGGGCACCAUGGACGCCCUCACGCAGGCCUACUCAGGGAUCCAGCAGUACGCGGCCGCCGCGCUGCCCACGCUGUACAGCCAGAGCCUGCUGCAGCAGCAGAGCGCCGCGGGCAGCCAGAAGGAAGGUCCAGAGGGUGCAAACCUCUUUAUUUACCACCUUCCACAGGAGUUUGGAGACCAGGACAUUCUGCAGAUGUUCAUGCCUUUUGGAAAUGUUAUCUCUGCUAAAGUCUUCAUUGACAAACAGACCAAUCUGAGCAAGUGCUUUGGCUUCGUUAGCUACGACAAUCCGGUGUCCGCACAAGCUGCUAUCCAGGCUAUGAACGGCUUUCAGAUUGGCAUGAAACGCUUGAAGGUCCAGCUGAAGCGCUCCAAGAACGACAGCAAACCUUACUGAUCCCAACCCCCGAGGCUCCCUGCUCUUAUUUUAGCUUUCUUAGGACAUCUUCAUGCCCGUUAGUUCACCGUUUGCCUAGCAUGUCCCUGUGGCGUCUCAAAAAAAAGUUUCAUCGUCCCGUCAUUGUUUCUGAUGUCUUUCUGACCUCACAUCACAUUUGGUUCUCCUACUGACCUUUGAUCUAGUUUGACCUUUGAAAUUUGCAUGUGACCUCAUCUAGCUAUGAAUUCUGGGAAGUCAAUGUGAAAAACAUUGCUGCAUUCAUGCAAGACUGAAAUUUAUUAUUAGACAAAUUAAUUAUAGAAAAAAAACCUGUGGCAAAAACGUUUCUUUCUUAUUUUUUUUUUUCUUUUCAUAAAACAGACUUGAAAGUAUUAUACAGGGAUUGGCAUUCUUCCCGGUCACUGGUAACAAUAGCAAUAUGUGUCCAGGGACACAGAAUGUUGGUUUCUAACAGACUACUUCCAAAAACAGUUUGAGAAAAAAACUGUCUGAUUUUAAGUCUCUAGAGGUCUGUAAUAGUUUUUACAUUUUUCAGGCAGUGUAAAGUUUUUUGAUAAGGCCAUUUUAGGUGGCUCACUUUCUCAUUAAGAUAUAUAUAUAGAACCACUUUUUGUAGAUUAGUAUAAGAAAAAUAUUUACCCUGUUUUGGGGCAAAUGCUACCUAUUUGUGUCACCUUUUGCUGAACUGACUCACAGUUAGACAAUCCAUGGUUUAAUGCACAUGAAAUUACCUAUAUUUUAUACUGUUUCAAUGUACAGGAGAAAGGUUACUGUAAACUGUGUUAUGUUGGUGCUUCUGUGAAUUAAGUUGUGGUUUCAAUCAUGAGUCUUAUGGUCUUAAUGUUCUCUGUUGAUAAGACAAGUUUAGAAUUGGUUUACUUAAAGAAUUUCAAAAAAAAAAAGUUUGCUUAAAAAAAAAUUUCAUGUGAGGGAAAAAAAAAAAAACCCUAUUCCAGAAUAAGUUUUGUGUUGGCUUGUAAAGCAUUGAUGUCAUUUUUUUUUUUUAUUGUGGACUAUUUAGAUGUGUUUGUGUUCAGCAAAAUGUGAUUUUUUUUUCUUUUAAAGAAAAAAAGUGAAAAUAUAUAGUGCCAAAUUCCAAAGGUACUUCCUUCCUAGAGCUUCAGUGUGUUUCUUGUGAGAAGUAAUUUGAUAACAUGGGUAUUUUAUUAUGUGUUUUGUAUAAAUCCCUAAUAUUUAAAAAACAAAAAACAAAAAAAAGAGGUUAAAAAGUUUGUUAACUUGCUAUCCUGUGGUCUUGUUGCCUGAAAUUGUUAUUGUUUGUUAUUUCUCUAUGAUGUUUUUUGUAAGACAUUGUAUAAGUGCCCAUGUCUCACUUUUUUAACCGCUCUGCACAUCAAUGCUGUGACGGCAACCUCACGAUGUAUUUCCUUCAUAAUAUAUGGAAACCUCUAAGGUGAGAAAGUUUUGAACUUCUAACCCUUUCUACCCAGAGCUGUCUGGAGCGUUGGUAACUUUUUAUACCAUUGUCAUUUUUGUUUGUUCCAGGGUGUUUCUAAUUUGGAUCCCUCUCCCCUUCCCCCCCACAUAUCUUUGAGGUUUGGGGAUUUUUUAUUUGGUUUUUUUUUGUUUGUUUGUUUGUUUUGGUCUUCCCUACCUUUUUUACCUAUUGGUUGAGAUCCAAAAGAAACAAAACUCCACAAAGCAAAUCCAAAGGGAAAAAAAAUAUUUUCAUCAUCUCUGUUUUUUGUUGUUG